GCUCGUUCUUUCCCGUGAGCCCUCAGCAGCGCCAUGAUACGUCACCUCGGCAGUUUCCGGAAUCGCUCGGCUCUACCUCUCAGCUAGCUGCAUGAUGGCAGCUCCCGGGAGCCUCGGCGUGUGAAGGCAGGAGGCGGACAGAGAAGCGGGGGGAAAGGCGAGGCCCCGGGGCCGGCCAGGAGAGCGCAGAGCGAUUUGCAACCUUCAACACGUUGAACAUUGAUCAAGGAAGUACUGGCAACUGUAAGGACAAUCCUUACUCGCCUCCUCCAUUUUGUUGUUUUUCUUCCAUUUGCCGCAUGAUCCCUGAAAAGUCCUGGAUUAUGUUUGUCGCACUGUUCUUGUGCUCUAUCAUCUGGCUGAAUAGAGGUUUCAAGCUCAGAAUAAGAGGCAGCUAAAGGCAUAUUUGUCUUGGUCACACUACCCUCUAUGUUCUCCGUUUAAUUUCUAUUUGCUAAAUGUGAACUCCGCUUCAGAAGAGUUUUCUGUAUACUCUCUGUAGAACAAUGUUAAUGGAAAGUCCAUCUUUUUUCUUAGUGUAAUUUUUUCCCCCAAAAAAAUCUUUGGUGCUGUAAUGCACUAAGGACAUAACUGAGCACCUGAGACUUCUAGGACAUUUAAAAGUUGCAACCGGAAACCUUCUGUACCAAUGUCAACCGAAGGGUUCCAGUAUCGAGCUUUGUAUCCUUAUGAGAGAGAACGAGAGGAAGACAUAGACCUUUUGCCAGGAGAUGUUCUAACAGUCAGUCGUGCAUCUUUGUUAGCAUUAGGGUGUAAAGAUGGAGAGGAGCGGGACCCACAGCAUAUUGGCUGGAUUUUGGGAGUCAACGAUAGAACCAAGCAGAAGGGAGACUUUCCAGGAACUUAUGUUGAAUUUAUCGGACCUGUACGAAUGUCAUUGCCGGCCCACCGUCCACGUGGGCAGAGACCACUGCCUGCAACUCCUACUGCAUCUAGGAUAGACCAGCCCAGCUCAACAGGUUCCCUCCUACUUGAACUUGUCGAUCAGUUUUCCCCUCCUGAAGAAGCACCUCCUCUUCUUGUAAGGUUGCUCAAAGCUAUUGAGAAAAAAGGACUGGACAGUGAAAUGCUUUACAGGACCGCUGGCUCAGAGUUUAGACACACACUAAGAACCGUUUCAGAUCUCUCUGGAAUAGACCUGGAAGCGGCAGAUAUUCAUUUCCUCACAGACAUUGUGAAGUCGUUCCUGCAAGAGUUGCCUAGUCCUGUCAUUCCAGUUCACAUCCACCGGGAUCUCAUUCAGGCGUUACUAGACAAUGGGGAAGAUGUGCAGAAGAGAGCGCGCGUGUUGUCAAUCCUACAGCCCCCUACUGUUCCUAUACAGCAUAUUUUCACUUUCCAGUUUGUCCUCAAACACAUCAGGAAAGCGUGCAGCCUCAGUAACAUAAAUAGAUUCAGUUUGAAGUUUGCUGUGGAGGUGUUUGGACCUUUGCUAUUCCGACCUGUCAUUGCCGGGGCAGAAGCUUUGCCAGAUUAUCCUGCUCUGCUCCUGGAGCUUUUGCUUCAGGAUAAUGAAGCUCCACGAGAUCAGCCUCCGCCAGCUCUCCCUCCCAAACCAUCCAAACCUAAACUACCAGCUUGUACCAUUAAUGGGAUUGGAGGGACACUGCAAGAGGCAGAAUGGUACUGGGGAGACAUUUCUAGGGAGGAAGUAAACGAUAAACUUCGAGAUACACCAGAUGGAACAUUUUUGGUGAGAGAUGCUUCUAGCAAAAUCCCUGGGGAGUACACUCUUACUCUGAGGAAGGGUGGGAACAAUAAGCUGAUCAAAAUUUUCCACCGGGAUAACAUGUAUGGUUUUUCGGAACCCCUGACUUUUUCUUCUGUUGUGGCUCUAAUUGCACAUUAUCGGCACGAGUCUCUAGCGCAGUACAAUGCUAAACUGGACACCAAACUUCUGUACCCAAUGUCGAAAUACCAGCAGGAUCAGAUUGUCAAGGAAGACAGUGUGGAGGCUGUAGGGGAACAGCUCAAAAUUUAUAGUCAACAGUUCAGAGAUAAAAGUCGAGAGUUUGACUCCCUUUAUGAAGAAUAUACCAGGACAACUCAGGAACUACAAAUGAAGCGGACAGCUAUUGAGGCUUUUAAAGAAACCAUCAAAAUCUUUGAGGAACAGUGUCAGACCCAAGAAGCAUUUAAAAAGGACUAUAUGGAGAAGUGUCGCAGGGAGGGUAACAACCAGGAGAUAGAAAGAAUCAUGAUGAAUUCUGAAAAACUAAAGUCUCGGGUAACAGAGAUCCAUGACAGCAAAAAAAAACUGGAGCAGGACUUAAGGAAGCAAGCGAAUGAAAACCGAGAGAUUGACAAGAAAAUGAAUAGCUUGAAGCCAGAUCUGAUGCAGCUUCGGAAACUAAGAGACCAGUAUCUUGUCUGGCUAGUUGGGAAAGGUGCUCGACAGAAAGAUAUCAGUGAGUGGUUGGACAUGAAGAAUGAACCUGAAGAUCCAUACUCCAUGAUGGAUGAUGAGGAGGAUCUCCCGCACCAUGAAGAGAGAACCUGGUAUAUGGGAAAGAUGAAACGUGAGCAGGCUGAAGACAUGCUUAGUGGGAAGCCAGAUGGUACUUUCUUGAUUCGAGAGAGCAGGCAGAAAGGUUGCUAUGCAUGCUCUGUUGUGGUUGAUGGUGACACCAAGCACUGCGUUAUCUACAAGACAGCCACCGGCUACGGCUUUGCUGAACCCUAUUACCUUUAUGCUUCUUUAAAAGAGCUAGUCCUACAUUACCAGCACACAUCCCUGGUGCAACACAAUGAUGCUCUGAAUGUCACUCUGAUGUAUCCUGUGCUGGCACCACCAUCACGGUGAACCUCUAGUCAUCUAUCCAUGGUAUCUUCUACCACAUAAGAAUGUGCCCUCGGAGUAAAGUUAGAGUUUCUAACUUUGAUGAGCAACUCCUGCUAGAAUAAUCUCCUAGGGAAUUAAUGGCUUUGGGGGUUCAGACCUUUCAGAACAUCUUUUCCUUAGAUGGAAUAGCUUUUUUGAGCAUUGCCAUUGUGAAGUUGGUAGUGUUUAUAUGCUGCAGUUAUAUCAGUAGCAUUGUGUCAUCUAAUGCUUUUGGUAAAUGCUAAAAUCAUACACAGUAGUGAUUGAAAGUAUAUUUUAAUGUUACAACACGCAGUAAGAUCUAUGCCUCCAGCCGUCUCUUAGAGGUGUUUAAUCAUAUAUUGUGGUUUCUUUCCGUUUUCUCCUUGGCAGAAUCUAGAUUCCUUUCUCAUAUAGGACGUUACACCUUCAGUUACCAGCCUCUCAAUCUUAUGUUGUAGCAGUGUCUUCUUUCUUUGUAGAGGAAUCUGAUCUACAGAUCACUUGCUCUUCAGCUCACCACAAGCAUUUGUGUUACAAAUAGGGAAGCAAAACUAGAAUACGGCCACUUUAGAAAAAGAAACGGGCUUUCUGUCUUUGUAAAUGAUACAUCUAAACCUAGGUGACAUACAGGAUGGUCUUGUACCUUCUAUGUAUCCUUCUACUUUACAAAGCCAAAAUAAGGGUGGUGAUUGUGAGCACUACACUCUGCUCCACCAAUGGAUUCUUUACUCAUAUUGCUGAUGUACGCCAUCACAUGAGGUAACUGUUCCUUGCAUUGUCAUUUUAGUAGUCUCACCAGAAUGGGACUUUUGAAGCUGUCUAUCACAUUAUUAUUGUGAUAAGGCUGCAAAUAGAGAAACUGUAGAAAAUAAAGACAGGGAGAGCUAUAUGACGAAAGCAACAAUGAUAUUUCUUUAAUAAGAAGAUUCUGAAAUUGAAGAAUAAUUCCAGAUUGUGGUGCUGGUUCACCACACUGCUCCCUAUGUACCUAUCUGACACACAGUGUCAUGUUUUCUUGGUUGUGAUGGUCUUUUAUCUCUGACAUUUGAAGUGCAUGCUGAUUUGGCUUUGCAGAGCACCAUAUUUUAAAUGAUAUUCUCAGAGGCUACCAUCCAGACAGGUAUCCAGAUGCUGAAUUUGUAUUUGUAUACCAGUUGUGAGAACAACCCCAGGACCUAUAUGCAUAUGAAUGUGCCCCCAAACCGGAGAAAGGGCCUCAAUACCUGAUUUAUAUCUCUGUACAGGAGCUGACUACAUUUUGUAUAUCUCGAUGGGAAUAAAUGUGGAGAUUCUUGACCUUGGUACUUAAAUGGGCACUGUCAUUAUUAUUAUUUUUUGCAUAUGAUACAGCAGGUAAAAUAAAUAAGUUUUGUAGGGAGACCCCUAAGGGACAGAUUUAUAAGGCCAUGAAAAUGACAUAAAAAUACAUAUUACAGGGAACAAAUCUUAUUUAUUUUACCUGCUCUAUCAAUGCAUAACAUUUUUUUUUUAUGACAGUGCCCAUUUAAUAUUUUUAUCAUGUAGAAAGAUGAAUCUGUGACUUUUUUAAUUUCAUUACAUGUUAUCACAGGGAAGUAGUUUUCACAUUCCUGUGUGGGAUAUUUUUCCAUACAAUCAAUUAUUGCUUAUUCUUAAAUACAUUGUAACAAUAGUUAAGUCCCUCCACAUCUUUCACUGCACUGCAGUCCUUAUAGCCUUAGACAGAUAUUUGGGGCCAUAUGGUGAAGAGAUGACUUAGUCUCAUGAAAUAAAUCAUGGUUUUAAAUGACCAUUUUACUAGACUAGUGGUUAGAGAAUGCCUCGCUCUGUAAAUGGUUUGGAUGCAUAUUAUUACAUUGCACUACUACAUUAACCAUAUAUCUGCCAAUGAGAUGGUAACGGAUUACUGCUGUUUGGCAAGAUAGAAAGACAUGAGAAUAAACACUACACUAUUAUUCCUUUAUUAAAGGGGAAUUCCAACCAAAUCAGAAAAUAAUUCUGUCUUUUUUAGUUUUUACAAGUGUUAGCACCCCCUCAUAAAACUAAUAAGAUGACAUUUCCCAUGGUCCUCUAGGAGAAAUGAGACAGACAAUCCUGGUUUAUGGUGAGGUGGUGAUUACUUAGACCAGUGUUGGCUGACCCCUGUGUGAUAUACAGUGUAAAAGGAUAGCUAUCUAUAGUGACUAAGAUGGAGUAGUGCCCACACUGAUUUCAGGUCAGUUCUAAACUUUGUUUGUCGACUUCACCUAAACAGGUAAAAUGGACAGAUAUAAUAUCUAAUAAUAUUUGCACAUUUAAUGUACUGUAUUUAGAAGAGAACACACAAUGUAGGUCUUUAUGCUAUACUGUUUUUAUCUUUUUAAGUAGAAACUCUGGCAGCUACACAGUCACUCUGUCCCUUCCAGCUGAGACGGGAAGUGUUGGCAGCUACAAAAAAAGGUCUGAUUUAUCCAUGAUAACCAAUCAGAGCUCAGCUUUCACUCUACCAGAGCAAUUGAAAGUUGAGCUGUGAUUGGUUGCUCUUUGGCAUAUUUUAGUCUCAGACAGAUUGGUUAAUCUGGGCCAAUGUGUGACAACACUUGAUCUCUCCACAAGUGCGUGGAGAUUCAGCGCGUCACCUAAGGGCUGUAUUCACUGUUACUAAGCUGGAUAUUAUCAAACAGCCAAGAAAGUGAAGAUUUACAAUCGAAAAGACUUCAGUUGUUUUCCUUGUAACAUGUAAAGUGACGGUGACCUUCAUUGCUGCAGGAAGCCUGGAUGCUGUAUACGUUCUGAUAACCUAGACUUGAUUCCACUGUACAUAAGCUGUGAUUGAUCAUCAUUUCUGAAGAUGUACAGUCCAGUCUCAACAUGAGCGUUAGAGUUUUAGGGACUUUAUUUUCUAGUUUGAGAACGCUGCUGGACUGAUCGCUGAUGUAUUCUUUUUUAUAGAAAUGUAUCGGUUCACCUCAUUGAGAAAAUGCAAUUGCCCAUUCCUAAGCAAUCAUGACCAAAUGGUAAAACACUAAACCUUCAUGUUGUUGCGAUAGUAUACCUCACAGUAAAGCUGC